GACUGGUGCUUAUAUAACCCGCAACUACAGUAUUCAGUCAGCGCAGCAACUAUGAACUGCGCGGUCAUAUUACUGUUCUUCCUACUUGCUCGGCAGAGUCCCGCGUGCGCACAUGCGAACACGGAGGAUGAACUGCUGCAGCAUCUUCGCACCUUCCUUGCCGCCUCGCCUCCAAAAACAACUUCCACGCGGCGUUAUGGGCGUCUUUCCGAGGCAGAUCAGGACACGUGGCCCAGUGGGCUCCUAAUUGGAGCUGGGGUGUCGGCUUGUCAGGCUGAAGGAGCGUAUAACCUGUACGGCAAAGCUGAGAGCAUCCUUGACCACCCGCAGCAUAUGCCAGGGUUCGUCAGUCCCUUCUCUACGGAUGUAGCUGCUGAUCACUACCACAGAUUCCGAGAAGAUUUAGCUUUCGCAAAGCAGAUGAAGUUUACUUCCCAUCGGUUUUCUAUAUCGUGGUCUCGCGUUCUCCCAACCGGAGGUGUUGACAAUGUCAAUCAAGAAGGUGUGGAGUUCUACACUGAUUAUAUAAAUGAAAUAAUAAACAACGGCAUGGAACCAAUGGUCACGAUGCUUCACUUUGAUCAGCCCUACACCUUAGAGAAAGCGACUGGAGGCUGGGAUAGCCCUGCAAUGAUUGACAAAUACGUAGACUACGCCGAUUUUUUGUUCAAAACUUUCGGAGAUAAGGUGAAGUAUUGGACAACACUGAACGAACCAAACAUGUACUGUUCAUAUUUCCGUAUUAUAACGGCCGAAAACGGACAAGUAGAUUACAGCAAGUUUUACCAGUGUAUACACAACAUCAUUUUAGCUCACAUGAAGUCUUACAAACUCUAUGAGAAAAAAUACCGACCAACACAAAAUGGAAUGGUUGGCAUAUCUACGCUGAUGUUGCCACCCACACCUGAGACCAAGACCCAAGAGGACCAAGUAGCGGCCGAAGUAUUUAAUCAAGUUUACGUCGGCACACUCAUCCAUCCCAUUGUUUUCGGGGACUACCCGCCUGUGGUGCGCUAUCUCAUCGACAAACGCGACGCAGAUGAUGGUCUCGGCCGACAACGCCUCCCAGCUUUUACACCCGAGGAAAAGCUGAUACUCGCAGAGGGUGUCACUGAUUUCAUAGCUCUGAAUGUCUACGGUGGUUGUACAGCUAGCUACAACCGCAACAAAACUGCUGUUUCGGCAGCAGGAAUUUUGCCGGGUCCUUCCGUUGAAGAUAUACCGUUUGCGAACAUUAACUGUUCCGCUGACUUUAGCAAGAUAGAUUCGUCGGUUAUGCACAACGCAUUGAUCUGGAUGUGGAACGAAUACCAUGUUCCGAUCAUUAUAUCGGAAAACGGCUAUGGCGACUCUAAGCACGCUGGAGUCAACGAUGCAGCUAGAGCUGCCUACCACAGUGCUAACCUACUUUCCCUUGUCCGAACAAUGAAAGUAUACGAUGUAAAAGUUCUUGCGUACUACGCGUGGUCGUUAAUUGAUUUGUUCGAGUUCUCCUCCGGCUACGAAGGGCGCCCUUUCGGACUCGUCCACGUUGACUACCAUAAUGGAUCACUAAAUCGUACGCUCAAGGAUUCUUCCAAAUUUUUCAUCCGUCUACAUGAAACUGGAAGAGUUCCUUUCAUACCCGAGCCCGAACCGGAUAAUGUAUCAGCAGGAAACGCGUUAUUUGCAUCUCACGAAGUAUUAGCCCUGGUAUGUGGGCAGCUAUUGGUGUGUGGCUCAUGGUUCCAAAAACACCUGUAGACUUAAAGACUUUGUCGGUCACUUGUAAACUUGUCAGCUAUGAAAUGUACAAAAUAUGAAAAAAAUAAAAUAAAGAACGUGUAAGUAAGGAACUAUGC